AUGUUUAAAACAACUAAGGACUUGAAAGAGGACUUGUUGUUUGUAGCAGAAGAAAUUGGAGAGACACCGCCUGAUAAGGUAAAAAUUUCUGAACUGAAAGAUAUUAUUUUGAAUAGCAAAGAGUAUUUGGAUGAUCCAGACUUUGUGACAAAUAUUUUAGUAACGGCCGUGAGCCAGCGACAACUAAAAGAAGAACAAAAACAAAAGCAAACAGAAUUUGAAAAAGCGGAAAGAGUAAAACAGCUAGAAUACGAAGAAAGUGGAAAAAUAAGAGAACACGAACUGGAAUUGGCGAGAAUCAGAUCAACGUUGCCAAUUACAGGUGAGUCUCAAAAUACUGUUAUAUCUGGUGCUAAAAAGAAAUUUAAUCUGCCAAAAUUAGAAUUUAGACAGUUUAAUGGCGAUAUUAAAGAUUGGCUACAAUUCUGGAGCCAGUUUCAACACAUUCAUAACGAUGAUGAAAUCGCGCCUGAGAAUAAAUUUCAAUAUCUUGUGCAAGCUACUGUAAAUGGAUCACGAGCCCGAGAAGUAGUAGAAAGCUUCCCGGCAACAGCAGCCAAUUAUGCCAAAGCAGUUGAAAGUUUAAAAGCGCGAUUUGGAAGAGAUGAACUAUUAGUAGAAGUUUAUGUUCGGGAAUUAUUAAAGCUGAUUAUUUCGGUUCAGAAACAUGAGAAAAUAUCGAUGACAUCUCUCUAUGAUAAACUCGAAUCUUAUCUGAGAGCCUUAGAGACUUUAGGAGUAACUACUGAUAAAUGUGCUUCAAUUCUUUAUCCCAUGGUGGAGUCUUGUUUUCAAGAGGACUUUUUGAAAGCAUGGAAUAGAAGUGCUUCUUCAGCAGUCUCAACUGAUGCUAAAGAACGUUUAACCAACUUAAUGACUUUUCUUAAAGCAGAAACGGAGGGCGAAGAAAGAAUUAAUUUAGCUAUGGCUGGUUUUGGCUUGGGUGCAGAUGAAAAUCGCCAAUCAUUUAAGAAAAAAGUAAGAGAUUUUCCAAUGAAAAAGGUAUCUACAGCUGCCAAUUUAUUUACUACAGCUUCAAAAGAAGUGAAGAAAGAAUGUGUUUUCUGUACUGGGAAACACUCGAGCCCAGACUGUUUUCAAGCUCAGAAGAUGAGUUUGGCUGAAAGGUAUAAUAUUUUAAGGGAGAAGCAAUAUUGUUUUGCUUGCUUAACACCAAAGCAUACAUCUCGUUCUUGUAAGGCAUUUUUAAGAUGUGUAAUAUGUGGAAAAAAGCAUGUCCCACUUAUGUGUGAGUCUCUAGAGGCUAAGAAUCAAGAAUCAUUCAAGAGUGAGAAUAAGAGUCCAAAUGUUGAAGUUAAUAUGGCCAACAACACUUCUAGUCCCAGAGUGUUCCUUCAAACGUUAAAAUUAAAAAUGGUGUGUGGUAACAAUGAAAUCCCAGUUAGGGCAAUUCUAGAUUCUGGGUCACAAAAGACUUAUGUAUUAAAGAAUGUUGUUGAGAAAAUUGGAUAUAUCCCACUCAGAAAAGAAAUUCUGAUGCACUCAUGUUGGGGCAUUAAAUCUGACAAGUGCGAACAUAAUUGUUAUAGGAUAAAACUGAGAAAUCAAGACAACAGUGUUACAUGCAACCUGGAAGCAUUAGACCAGCCAUCUAUAUGCGACAAAAUUUCAUCAGUAACUCCAGGUUCAUGGAUUACAGAGCUUCAUGAGAUGAAGAUCAGGCUAUCAGAUAUAGGGAAGGAGCCACAAUCCGUGCAAGUGCUUCUUGGCUCAGAUGUGAUAGGGAAGCUCAUGACUGGCCAACGCAGAGUUCUAUCCUGUGGGCUUGUUGCCAUGGAGACAUUACUUGGCUGGAUUCUGUCAGGUAAAGUUCCUGAGAGUGAGAUGUCGUCAUACAAUGCUAUGCUGGUGGCCUCCCUAUUUGUGAAAGAGAUGGAUAUCUCCCAAUUAUGGAGAUUGGAUUCCUUGGGGAUCCAAGAUCCUUCAGAACAAAAAACCAAAGAGGAGCUUCAUAAAGCGUCGAUGGAGCACUUCUUAAGAACUGUCAAGGUCGAUGAAGAAGAGCGAUUCCUUGUCUCCCUGCAGUGGCUUGACUGUCAUUUACCUCUUCCAGACAACUUCAGUUUGGCACUCAAAGGGUUGCAAGUGACAACCCAUAAGCUGAAGAAGGAAAACUUAUUUCAAGAAUACGGUGAUGUCUUUAAAGAAUGGGAACGAGAAGGCAUAAUUGAAGAAGUUCCCCAAGAAGAAAUAAAGUCUACUUGUCACUAUCUGCUCCAUCGACAUGUGGUGAAGCCGAACAGCACUACGAAAAUUAGGCCCGUCUUUAACGCUUCAUCAAAACAAAAGGGAGCGGUCAGCCUCAAUGACUGUUUGGAAAAGGGAUUAAACUUGAUUGAAUUGAUCCCUUCCAUGUUAACAAGGUUUCGACUGUAUAGGUUUGGCAUUUCUGCUGAUAUACGGAAGGCCUUCUUACAAAUAAGUCUAUAUAAGGAGGAUCGAAAUUUCCUGCGAUUUUUGUGGCACAGUGAAGAAGGAGAGCUCAUACAUUACCGACAUUGCCGAGUGGUGUUUGGUGUUUCCAGCAGCCCAUUCUUGCUUGGGUCAACAAUACAAUACCACUUGGAGAGAAAGUUGGAAGAAGCGAAGCAAGGCCGGGGAAGAUACCCUGAGUGCAUUAUUCAAAAAUUGAUGAACAGCUUUUAUGUGGACAAUUAUUUAGCAAGCGUCAAAACCCAGUCUGAGAACGAUUUAUUGACGUAG